CAUACACAUACACUCAAAUGUGGCACACACAUAGUCAAGUGGCUUUGUUUAUUUUUUGUGCGAACCUGCUGGUUCUGUAAAAAUGUACGACGCUUUGGAACGAUGCCCAGGCGCCUACUGCGGACGAUCGCUGCUUUCUAAUGACACUUGGAGCCACUGCGGGGUCUGUCCCCGAGGAUCACGGGUAAACGAGAGCUAUGCCUGUUCGCCAUGUCGAGACGAAUUGAGCACAUAUUCGUGGCUAUAUCUGGGCUUUAUGACGAUGCUGCCGCUCAUGAUGCACUGCUUCUUCAUUGACAUGGAUGCCAAGGACCGCAAAUUUUCCCGGAAGCAGCUGAUCCUAACAGCCAGCGCGUUUGUGGAAGUAGCCCUGUCUGCCAUUUUGGCCACCCUGUUCAUGGAGCCGGUGUGGGAGUUCCGAUUGUAUGCGUGCGAGGUGCGCAAGCUCACCGACUGGUACACGUUGUUCUACAAUCCCAGUCCCAACUAUGAGGCGCGCGUCUAUUGCACCCAAGAGGCUGUCUACCCGCUGCAAACUAUUGUGCUGGUCUUUUACUUUCUGUGUUUGGUCAACAUGUUUCUCAUGCGCCCCGUCGUCUGCAAACUGUUGGAUGUGCGUGGCAAAAGCAAGGCGCCCAUUUACUCGGCCCUCUACUUCCUGCCGUUGCUUACCUUUGUCCAUGCCCUGGGUUGUGGCUUGAUUUAUUACUCGUUUCCGUAUUUGAGCGUGGCCAUUUCGAUGGUGGCCAAUGCCAUACACUAUUCCCUUAAACUGGAUCAAACCCUGAAGGCACUCGUCUGCUCCUCAGUGUGGGAGUUGAAGAAUGUGGUCAUCAUUUCUGUACAUUGGCUUUUGUUGGCUUACGGGAUAUCCUCGCUCAACUAUCACUAUGCCUUCAUGUGUCUUGUGCCGUUUCCAACACUGUUCUACAUACUGACCGUUCGUUUCACCGACCCUGGCGAGUUCCGGGAGCUGGAGUCGCGAAUUUGAUGCGGCAAUAUGCAAAUGCAAAUCUUUCAUACCCGCGGGGCCAGACGGUCGACUGUUGUUAUCUAUGUGUAGCGUGUAGUAUACCGUGAAGUGCCGUGCGUGUGCGUGUCAUUUAAUUUAUUUUUGCACUUAGUUUGUACGUAAGUAGUAGGUAGAGUUUAAAUAUAUUUAUCGGUAAUCGUAACGCCCAUUCUCAAUUCACGUUUCGUUUUUUAAUUAUAUUUCACAUUAAUUAUACACAUAUAGUAAUAUUAAAUACAAAUCAUCAGUUUUCCCAUCUCUAAAAUAGUUUUUACACAAUAUAUAGUAUUGCUACAUAUUGAAUUUUGGAUGCCGCACAGCGCUGCAAUAAGAUCUCGUUCCAUCCAUCCUUCUCCUUCCACAUGUGCAUGCGUCGGGUGGGGUUGAGGGAAGAGGUGUGUGUGUUUGUGUGUGUGUGGGAGGGAUGGGGUGUGUGUGGUGGCAUCGUAGUCGUCUUAGUCAUUAUAUUUAAAUUUCCAAAUCGCAAGCCAUACAAAAGUAACAGAGUCAAGGAACAGGAGGUUCCAAGGAAGAAGAGCACACAGAAAUGGGCAGAGCAUAUGAAAAGAACAAAAUCAA